GGCUUGGGAUCAAACACGGUUUCUUCUUCAUCUUCUCUGGAACUCGAUUUCUAGUCUUUUGCGCAUCGACAAAUAGUUUCUUUUCAUUCUGUCGUUUCUGUCUGGCACUUCGUUUCACUCGUAUAGAGGAUUGCGCUCACGUUGCGCUCCCAUCGCAAGAUGGAUUUCUUGCAGAAACUUGCGCGGUUUCUCGACCGCCCACUCUUCCCGUGGAAGAAGCUGAUCAUCGGCUUCUCUGUCGGACAAUACCUCCUCGAGGGCCUAUUCUCGUUGCGCCAGUACCAGUACCUGCAGAAGACGAAGCCCCCCAAGGUUCUGGAGCGCGAGGUUUCGCAGGAUGUCUUCGACAAGAGCCAGGCGUACGGCCGCGCAAAGGCCAAGUACGAUUUCGUAACCAAGCUGUGGGGUCAGAUCCAGAACAUCGCCUUCAUCCAACUCGACGUGCUCCCCAAGCUGUGGGCUUGGUCCGGCAACCUGCUCCUCCGCUUCGCCCCGGCCUACUUCACCGGUGAAAUCUCGCAGUCAAUCGUCUUCGUCCUAUCUUUCGUCAUGAUCCAACAACUGAUGUCGUUGCCCGGUUCCAUCUACCACACGUUCGUUCUUGAGGAGAAGUUCGGCUUCAACAAGUCGACACCUAAGCUCUUCAUCACAGACAUGCUCAAGUCGCAGAUGCUCACCUUCAUCCUGGCACCACCUAUUCUCGCUGGCUUCCUCAAAAUCAUCCAGAAGACGGGCAACCAAUUCUUCUACUACCUGUGGCUCUUUGGUGCCUUCCUGCAGGUCUUCAUGAUCACUGUCUACCCUAUUGCCAUUCUGCCCCUGUUCAACAAGCUCUCGCCCCUGGAGCCCGGCCCGCUCAAAACUGGUGUCGAGGACCUGGCCAAAAGGCUCAAGUUCCCGCUCCAUGAGCUCUAUGUCAUCGACGGAAGCAAGCGGUCCGCCCACAGCAACGCCUAUUUCUUCGGUCUGCCCUGGAAGAAGCACAUUGUCAUUUACGACACGUUGAUCGAGAAGAGCGAGACGCAAGAAGUUGUUGCCGUUCUCGGUCAUGAGCUCGGCCACUGGAAGCUGGGUCACACGACCAGACUGUUUGGAAUCGCUCAGAUGCACUUCCUAUACGUUUUCACACUUUUCUCUGUCUUCAUCAACAACAACUCACUCUAUGCCGACUUCGGAUUCACCUCGCACCCGAUAAUCAUCGGCUUCCUGCUCUUCUCGGACGCGCUCGCGCCUAUGGAUGUGUUGAUCCAACUCGGCAUGAAUGUUCUGAGCCGCAAGUACGAGUUCCAGGCGGACAAGUUUGCCAAGGACCUCGGCUACCAGUCGGAGCUGGCUCGGUCGCUCAUCAAGCUGCAGAUCCAGAACCUUAGCACCAUGGAUGCGGACUGGAUGUAUGCCAGCUACCACUUCUCCCACCCAAUCCUGUCGGAGAGGCUGAGGGCUCUCAACUGGCAAUCGACUGAAAAGGUCGAGACGUCAGGUGAAGACAAGGCCACCAAAGCCACUGGCAGGGACGAGCUCUAGAAAGCGGUGGUUAGAAAAGUGUGUGGGAAUUCCAGUGCAGUAGAUAUUGUUAUACCUCAUGCUUAGAUCUCUAGACGAGCAAUGCUGUCAAGGUCUUGCUGGUUUAUGGUUCAAAGGUUAGGAUUUGGCGACAAAAGGUGACAAAAGAAGGGGGAAUAGGCCUUGGUUUGGUGGUCUAGGGAGAUUAUACGCGUUAUCUUGCGAUGUAUUAGACGACAUUGAUUUUGGUUGGAAAGAUGGAAAAGCCCCGAGUAUCAGACUCGAUUGAACCAUCCAGGUGCAACUUUGCGAACUCGCGUCAUUGGUCACUCUGGAGUUCCCAGCUGCCCGCAUGGUGCAAAGCGGGGGACCCACAUAGCCCGUCCUUGAGCUAAUGGAC